UCUCUCUCAAACUCUUUUCAAAUUUAUACAUAGAGAACUUGCCCGCAUUUUCAAUAUUUCCUUCAUUUUCUCUCUUUCUCUCUUCUUCUUCUUCUUAUUUGUUUUUAUUUCUUAUUUCCGAGUUUUGAUCGACUCUGUUGCCAUAAAUUUACAUAGAUUGUAAGUUUAUCUGAGCUAAUUUCUCCGCCGCCUAUGAUUUCACUGUUUCCUUUUAUUACUUGAUCAGACAGACUCUGACCUCUAUAUCCGACCAUGGGCCAUUGUUGCAGCAAAGGUGUUUCCGUUGUAAAAAAUGAUGGAAUCACACCUGGUAACUCUACCGCCGGCAACCACUCUAAGACCCCUUCCGCGCCAUCUCCAACUGUACGUCCAGGGGAGACUCCUUCCUCCACUGAUUUUAACUCCUUCGCAGCCAGCCCAUCCCAAAGCCCUCUGCCUGCGGGAGUGCCGCCAUCUCCUUCUCCGGCGGGUACUCCAGGAAGAAAGUUCAGGUGGCCGUUGCCGCCUCCGUCUCCGGCUAAGCCGAUCAUGGCAAUCAUGAGGCGUCGAGGGCAGACUAAGCCGCCAAAGGAGGUGCCAAUACCAGAGGACGGAGAGGGAGCGGAAGGAGAGAGACAACUUGAUAAGAGUUUCGGUUACAAUAAGAAUUUUCCGUCCAAGUUCGAGUUAGGGAAGGAAGUCGGGCGAGGGCAUUUUGGUCAUACUUGCUGGGCUAAAGGCAAGAAAGGAGAGCUCAAGGGACAACCUGUCGCUGUCAAAAUAAUUUCCAAAGCAAAGAUGACAACAGCAAUAUCCAUUGAAGAUGUUCGUAGGGAGGUAAAAAUAUUGAAAGCUUUAUCUGGGCAUAAACAUAUGAUCAAAUUUCAUGAUGCUUUUGAGGAUGCCAAUAACGUCUACAUAGUCAUGGAAUUGUGUGAAGGUGGAGAACUACUAGACAGAAUUUUAUCAAGAGGUGGAAGAUACACUGAGGAAGAUGCUAAAACCAUUAUUGUGCAAAUUCUAAGUGUAGUUGCCUUUUGUCAUCUUCAAGGAGUUGUGCACAGGGAUCUUAAGCCAGAGAAUUUCCUUUUUACAACAAGAGAUGAGAAUGCUCCAAUGAAGAUCAUUGAUUUUGGUUUAUCAGAUUUUAUUAGGCCAGAUCAACGUCUCAAUGAUAUUGUUGGCAGUGCAUAUUAUGUUGCACCUGAAGUGCUACAUAGAUCAUACAGUGUUGAAGCUGACAUGUGGAGCGUUGGAGUCAUAGCAUAUAUUUUGUUGUGUGGAAGUAGACCUUUCUGGGCUCGAACUGAAUCAGGAAUUUUUCGUUCCGUGUUAAGAGCUGAUCCUAACUUUGAUGACUCACCUUGGCCUGCGAUAUCACCGGAGGGAAAAGAUUUUGUUAAAAGGCUUUUGAAUAAGGAUCAUAGAAAGAGAAUGACUGCUGCCCAAGCUCUAACUCAUCCAUGGUUACGAGAUGAAAACCAGUCUGUGCCUUUGGAUAUUUUGAUAUACAAAUUGGUCAAGUCAUAUGUUCGCGCCACACCAUUCAAGCGAGCAGCACUGAAGGCUCUUUCAAAAGCUAUUCCAGAAGAUGAGCUGUUUUACCUUAAGGCUCAAUUUAAGCUUUUGGAACCCAAGGAUGGUUUUCUUUCGCUUAAUAAUUUUAAAUUGGCAUUAAUGAGACAUGUUACUGAAGCCAUGAAGGAGUCUAGGGUUCUUGACAUUUUCAAUUUGAUGGAACCACUCUCCUAUAAAAAAAUGGAGUUUGAUGACUUCUGUGCUGCUGCAAUCAGUAUAUAUCAACUUGAGGCCCUUGAAGAGUGGGAAGAAAUUGCAAGGACAGCUUUCGAGUACUUUGAAGAAGAAGGAAAUCGUGUCAUUUCAAUGCAGGAAUUGGCUGUGGAAAUGAAUUUGGGCCCUACUGCCCAUUCUGUAGUCAAUGAUUGGAUUAGAAGUUCUGAUGGGAAACUGAGCUUCCUUGGAUACACCAAAUUUUUACAUGGUGUAACAAUUCGUAGUUCAAAUACAAGAGUUCGAUAACAUAGCUGGAAAUAUAGAAUUUUUUACCAUUUUUUUAAUCUUAAAUGUUAUGAUUUUUGCCCCUAUAAUCUGAUUAGAAGUGUAAAAAUGGGAGGUCUAGACAGGGAAAUUGUUGGAGUACAUGAUAUUAACUCAUUGAUCCCUGAGUAUAUGAAGUCAUCAUAAAUUUAUUUGCAAAGAUGAAUGUGCAGACAGUAAAUGUUCAAACCUUGAAUUCAAAUAUAUCUUAGUUUAUUUUUUCUCUC